AUGACUACUCAAUGGCUAGCAAACGAUACUCCUAGCUACAAGCUCUUCGGAGUCCCUGCAAACACGCCAGAAUACAGAUUUCGAAACGAACAACAAGGCACUCGCCUCCUUGCCCACGAGCACGACCUUUUCGAGCAAGAUCAAUCUGGCCAACAAAGCCAAUAUGUAAUCUUCUCGAAUGUCGAUGACAAGACCUAUAAUCGCUACUUUAUCUACUUUCACGACCAUGACCGUGGCUCUGAGCGUACUCCUCAGAAAAGACUGGCAUUGGUCAAGAUGACUAUCAACGAGUUGGGAGUUGCCACUGAAGAACUCAACGUGAACCUCAUGAGGAAUUAG